AUGAGCAUUGAACUUGAAGGUGCACCAAAACCCCAUGUAGCCUUCCUAUCAAGCCCAGGAAUAGGCCACACCACUCCACUUUUCGAGCUCGCUUUUCGUCUCGUCACUCAACAUAACUUUCAGGUCACUUUUCUCGUCAUCACCAACGGCGCAACCCUCGCCCAAACUGAAUACCUCAACGCCAACCCACACCCCGACCUCCACAUCCUAAACCUACCGCUUUUCGACAUAUCCAACCUUGUAUCCGAUGACAUGACCGCAUUCGUCCACCUUUGUGUUAUAGCUGAACAAUCCAUCCGUACCUCCCUUCCAUCCGUCUUAUCGCGUAUCAACAGACCCAAACUACAAGCGUUUGUCAUCGAUAUUUUCUGCACCGGCGUGUUUGAAGCAUGUAAACCGCUAUCUAUUCCGGUAUAUUCAUUUUUCACAAGCUCAGCAGCCUUUUUGGCCUUCUCAUUGUAUCUACCAGUUUUGGAUAAGGAGGUUAAAGACGAGGUUUCGGAUCUACCCGACCCGAUCAAAGUCCCGGGUUGUCACCUGAUCCGAACCCGGGACUUCAUGGGCAUAACCAAGAAAAGAAACAUUGAUGAGUACAAAUGGUUUUUGCAUCAUGUCACUAGGUUAACAAUGGCCACGGGGGUUUUUGUUAAUUCUUGGGACGAUCUCGAACCGGUUUCACUUAAAGCGUUACGACAUGAAUUAUGCUUUCGGAAUAUGUCGGUCUAUCCCAUCGGGCCGGUCUUGAAACGAGGCGAACCGGAAGAGUCAUCUAGACAGGUCAUUGCAUGGCUUGAUAAACAACCGAAAGAAUCGGUUUUGUUUGUUACACUUGGAAGCGGCGGAACGUUAACUAGUGAGCAGCUCACUGAGUUAGCAUUGGGUUUGGAACUGAGUCAGCAACGGUUCAUUCUAGUAGUUAGAAAGCCGAGUGACUGUGCUUUCGCAACCUUUUUCAGUGCGGGUAGUGGUACAGAAGACCCUGAAGUGUACUUGCCCAAAGGGUUUUUGCAAAGGACGAACCAAGUUGGGCUGGUGGUGAGCUCAUGGGCGCCUCAGGUGGCGGUGCUGAGUCACCGAGCUACAGGUGCGUUUUUGUCUCAUUGUGGGUGGAACUCGAUUGUGGAAUGUGUUACACAUGGGGUGCCAAUGAUUGCAUGGCCCAUGUAUGCCGAGCAGCGGAUGAAUGCGACGUUGUUAAGCGAUGAGAUUGGGGUUGCCGUGAAGAUGCCGGUGGUAGGGGACGAUGGAGAGACGGUGGUGGUGGGGAGGAAGGAAAUAGAGAGGGUGGUGAGGGUGGUUUUUGAGGGUGGUGAGGGUAGGAAGAUAAGGAGCAAGGCUAGAGAGUUGGAAGUGAGUGGGUUGGAGACACUGAGUUGUAAAGGGUCGAGUUAUGAGACACUUGCACGAGUUGCCGAGUCAUGGAAGAAGGGAAAUUGA